UCGACAGAUGGAGCAGUUCCAGGACGGCCACCACGUGCGGCUGCGGAGCCGCGAGCACGGCAUGUACCUGCACGCCGACAAGGACGGCCGUGGCGUCUCCCUCCGCCGGCCCCGGGCGUCGAUGAACGCGGCGUGGGCGGUGCACUUGUUCCAAGGCGAUGACGAUGCCCAGUACGUUCUCCUCCACAGCGCCGCCUACGGCGGCUACCUGACGGCCAUGGACGCACCGGCGCCGCUAGGCCACUGCGGGCGCCGCGUCGAGCAGCGCGACUACGAGGAACGGGAGGAGGAGGACGUCAGGUGGCAGCCCGUCAGGUUCGGGAGCGGGGACUACAUCCUGCUCCGCCACGCCAGCGGCCGCUUCCUCCGCGCCAACGGGAAGUACCUCCCCUGGAACAACGGCGCCAGCGUCGACGACUUCGACACCGUCAGCACGAUGACGCACUGGGUCGUGGAGCGCAUCCCCGCCAGGGAGGGCAUGCCUGAGCUCCCCCUCGCCGGAGGCCUGGACGUUCUGUUGCCGCGGCGGUGGAUCGUGUACGCCUCGGCGGGCGCCGAUGGGGGCCCCUUCUUCUGGGCUGCGUUGGGGUUCAAGGGGAGGUCUGUGUUCCGCCUGAGGAGCGAGCUGGCCAGCGAGAUAGGCAUCGGCAUGAACGACCUCGUCAUGUGCGUCCAGGCGGGCACUAACGGGCGGCCUACCCCACUCGUCGUCAACCUACCCCGCCGCACGCGGACCCUUUACAUCGUCGUCCUCAUGGCCGGGGAGCCAGCCCCAGACAGGAGGAACCACUGUGGUUCUGAACUUCAGAACCAGUGUGAACAUUGGUUCGUAAUGUUUCAGUCCAUCAGCAGAAAAUGA